AUGACUUCUAACGAUUUGAAAACCGAAAACGUCGACUCUCUCAUCAAUCGGGAUGAUGGGAGAAAAUACUGGGAAAGCACUGAUGCCACCGUCGACGGCAUGCUCGGCGGACAUCCCCACGUCAGCAGGGUCGAACUUCGGGGCUCACGGAACUUCCUAGCCAAGAUCGGCAUCGGGUCCAAGCCUGGCCAGCAGGUCGCUAUAAACGCGCUCGAGGGAGGCGCUGGCAUCGGCCGAGUAACCGAGGGCUUGCUCCUCGGCGGCAUUGCCCAGCACGUCGAUAUUAUUGAGCCCAUCGCCAAGUUUACGGCUCAAUUGCAGGGAAAGCCGGGUGUGAGGAAUAUUUUCAACAUGGGCCUCGAAGACUGGCAGCCCGGCGAUGGCGUCCAAUACGAUCUCAUCUGGAUACAGUGGUGCGCUGCUUACUUGACCGACAAGCAGCUAGUCCAAUUCCUAGAGAGGUGUAAAUCGGCAUUGAACCCGGAUAGGGGCGUUAUCGUCUUCAAAGAGAACACCAGUCCGGUAGGGAAAGACAUGUUUGAUGAUGUCGACAGCAGCGUUACAAGAGGCGACGACACGUACCGACGCUGUUUUACCGCGGCCGGGUUCCGGCUGAUUAAGACCGAGUUGCAAAAGGGGUUGGUCUCAGGGGUGAAGCUUAUGCCGGUCAGGAUGUACGCGCUACGGCCUGUGCAGUCAUGA